UUUGAUACAUAUUCUUGACGUACGUUUUCACACAUGCAUAGGGUUAAAGUGAAAUUGCUGAUAUUUUUAAAGUCGACAGAGAUCCAAAACAAUUCAGUUGUGUUCUGAGUUUUGUCGAAAAAUCGUGUGAUUUUCCGUCGACGAACCGUAAGAAGAAGAAAAAAUCGUAAAGAAAAUAAAAAUCGCGACAGCAAUACCAAGUAACGUUGUGUUCGUUUUAAAUUCUAUUAUUAUAAUCGCAGCUUGUGCAUAAGCCACAGUGUAUCAAUUUAUACGAUAUGGCUUCAAAUAAAAUAAACGUAUGCAUUGUUGGCUCCGGUAACUGGGGUUCAGCCAUUGCAAAAAUCGUUGGUGCAAAUGCAGCUCGCUUAGAAAAUUUCAAUGACCGUGUCACAAUGUACGUGUUCGAAGAGGAUAUUAAUGGUAAAAAACUCACCGAAAUCAUCAAUGAAACACAUGAAAAUGUGAAAUACUUGCCCGGACACAAAUUACCUCCGAAUGUGGUUGCCGUUCCCGAUUUGGUGGAAGCUGCCAAAGAUGCUGACAUUCUGAUUUUCGUCGUUCCACAUCAGUUCAUCCCAGGCCAAUGCAAGCAAUUGUUGGGCAAAAUCAAGAAAACCGCCGUUGGUUUAUCACUAAUCAAAGGUUUUGAUGUAGCCCCAGGUGGUGGUAUCGAAUUGAUUUCACACAUCAUCACAAGGCACUUGGAAAUCCCAUGCUACGUUUUGAUGGGCGCCAAUUUGGCAAAUGAAGUGGCCAAUGAAAAUUUCUGCGAAACCACAAUCGGUUGUAAUGAUAAGAAAUGGGCACCAAUUUUGCGUGACACAAUGCAAGCUAGCUAUUUCCGUGUUGUUGUAGUCGAUGAUAUUAAUACGGUUGAAGUGUGUGGCGCUCUAAAGAAUAUUGUUGCCUGCGGCGCUGGUUUUGUUGAUGGUUUGAAACUAGGAGACAACACAAAAGCUGCUGUCAUUCGUUUAGGCCUUAUGGAAAUGAUCAAAUUCGUGGAAGUCUUCUAUCCAGGUAGCAAAUUGGCAACAUUCUUUGAGAGUUGCGGUGUUGCUGAUUUGAUUACAACCUGUUAUGGUGGUCGUAACCGUAAAGUGUCAGAAGCAUACGUAACCAGCGGAAAGACGAUCGAAGAGCUUGAACAAGAAAUGUUGAAUGGUCAAAAAUUACAGGGUCCACCUACUGCUAAAGAAGUCAACUUCAUGCUUUCAAACAAAAAAAUGGAAGAAAAGUUCCCAUUGUUCACUGCUAUUCACAACAUUUGCAUUGGCAAACUCAAGCCAAAUCAACUUAUUGACUGUAUACGUGAACACCCGGAGCAUAUGUAAGUCAAUGGAACAUAACAAAAAACAAAUACCCGAAAAUGUUCACUCUUAACGCUUCAUUAAAUCAAAAAACAAAAAACUAUAAUAAAAUAUGUUUCUCAUAUUUUGUGAUAGACAAAAAAUGUUCAAAUUUAUGUAGCUAAACAAAGAACACACAGAAAAAUGAAAACGCCAACUAAAUUUAUGACCUUAGAAAUGUAGUGACCCAAAGUCCCGAUGGUUGAGAUAUAUGAGCAAAAAAAAAAAUGAAAGAAAACAAAAAAAAAAACCAAAGUUAUUGUACAUAAUAAUUUUAUAUCGACACCGAAAACAAUGACCUACCGACAGUUUUCGUUUUUCUUUCGUUGAUUUUGUUUAGCUGGCAUUAUGUUUAUUUCGAACCAUUUUAUGUGUUACAUUUGAUGCAAUUAUUUGGUUAAUGUUACAAACAUUUUUUGUUUGUCUUUUGGUUUUUGUACUCGGAUUUGAAUGAUUAGUAAUCGAUUCACUGCAAGACCAAAAGUCAAUCAAUGUUUAACCAAUGUUCAAUUAUACGUUCAUUAUAAAUGACAUGAAAAAAAAAGAAUAUACCAAAUUAAAAGGUGAUUUUGCAAAUAAUCAAAACAAGAAAUAUCCAAAUUGUGUUAUGUUUUUUUUGUCGUUGUUUUUUUUUAAUUUUAAUUUUAAUUUCCGUUUUCAUCUGUCAAAAAAAAAAACUUGUAAUUUGUACCGUGUUUUCUCCGUGGUUGUUUUGGUUUUUUAAACUUUGUACACAAAAUAUCUGACCACAAUCAGCACUUGAUUUAGUGAUAAUUAAUAUUAAUUCGUCCAAUUUGUUGUUCUCACAUGUCUCUACCUAUUUCUCUUUCUCUAUCUCUUUCUCUCUUUGCACAUUCGAUCUCGUUCGGUUAUCUUUUAGAGCGAAAUGAAAUUUAAGCACACAAAAUCAACCUUUGCACGACUUUUCGUCAUCCAUACACACCACAUCUUUUCGAAUCUGCUGUUUGAUUUAUAAUAAUUCGCGCGAAAAAUGGUUCAAAAAUCCAUCCGAACAAAACAAUUUCAAGAGCUUUUCAGAUGUGUUCACCUUGUAAGAUUGGUUUGAAUCAAUGAAUUCAAUUUAUGCGCUUUUAAUCAAUUGCCUCAAUUAAAGCGUUUAACAUUGAAAUGCUCCAACUAAAAAAACCGAAAAUCCACUCACAGCCGAUUUGAAGCGCCUUAUUUAACCCCUUUUGACUUAUCUUAUUAUUAAUCAUGUGUAUAUUUUUUACAGCAAUAUUUUUUUUAGUUGUUCAUCAUAUGUUCGAAAUGGAAUGUCAUGAAAUUAUUCAUAAUAUAUGUGUUUUUUUCUCUCUUUCUUGUAUCAUAUUUGUUUUGUAGUUGCAAACAUAUUACUGCGAAACUCUAAGCAGCGAUGCAUUGUCACAGUUAUUGCGUGCACUCAUCCCUAAUCAAAUAAUCAUCAUCAAUUUAUUGUUUAGACUCAGUUUAUUUGUAAAAUAUUCAUAUUGAUUACAUUUUUGUUCGAAAUUUUAUUUUGAAUUUAUCAUACAUUUUAACAUGGAAAUAAAAUACUAAUUGAUUUUUUUAAAAUUAAGUUAAGAAUUUAAUUAAAUUUCGAACGGAAAAGAAAACAGAGAUAUUUGGCCAAACAAUUUAUCAUACUAUUUGAAUUUGAAAUGUAAAAACUGUCAUUUAUUUCCAAAUUUUAAGGAGUUGAAAUGAAACCAUAACAAAUUCAUUCAUUGCAUCAAUUUGAAAGAAAAAACUGUAAGCAUUUAACAGAAGAAAACUAGUUAAUAUUGUAUACAAGUUGUGUUCUGGUGUAUUCAUUGUCUUUUCAUCUUUUCUUCAGUUAACUCUCCAGAUGGUCAGUUUUGUGUUAAAAAGAAAAAUUAUACAACACAGAGCCUAUUUUCAGUCAGUAUUUUUGUUUAUAAAUAAAUUUUUCGUUCCGAAAAGCGCCGGUAUAAAGCAAAAAUAUUGGGGAAAUUAUAUCAUAAGUAGUAUUUGAAGAAAAUUGAUUUGUUUAAAUUAAUUAAAAAGUUCAAAGUAUAUUUUCAUACGCACAUAAAAUGGAUAGGGUUAAGAUAAGAGUUAAGCUAAAUUUGCGAUAUGAAACUAUAGACUUCUGGUUGGAUGAUCAAAUACCAGAUUCAUCACAUACAAGUGUAAAUCAUUUUUCCUCUCCCAAAAUCCAGACACUUUAGUAUGGCUUCCAUUCAUCGUAAUUUGGAAAGCAAUCCAAUCAAACAAAAAUGCGAUUGUUGUAGAAAAAUAUGUCCUCCCCGUUCAUUGGGUUUGUAUUUAGCUGUAUAAUUGUUGAUCUGUUUGCAUCAUCAGUUUAUUUUUAUUUUGGUUUUGUGCAAUUUCGUCGCAUCCAUCUUUUUAUCCGGACCAGCCAACAAAAACAUUCUGAUUAUGAUGGCAUGUUGAUUAUAUGAUUUUCUUUGUUCGAUCUUCUUCUUUUUUUCUCUCUCUCUCUCUUUAUACAAUUCGCAGGCAAACAUUCGCUUAAUUUGUCUUCUUCACAUUCACAUGUUGGAUUUGAACGAAUAUUGUGUUUGAUUCGAAUCGACAAACUUCACCGUCGACGAAUACACACGAUUGUACAAAUGAUGAAAUAUUAGGAUAAAAAUUCAACAACUCCAUUAGUUAAUAUACAAUACACAUGUACCUAAGCAAUUUGAAUAGGUUUUGCAAGUUUCAAGUAAUGUGAAUAUUAUAUGUUUACUUAAAUUAACACAGAAACAACAACAAAAAAAACGCUUUACAUAGAUUAAUUUAACCAAUCUGGUCAUUUUUAUCUAGAAAUUCUUUUCAUUUAGCGAACAUGCGAAUGGGGCAUAAUUUCUAAUUUGUAAAAUCAACAAGUGAAUUACAACUACAAUCCUGUUAACAACUGAUUUAUCUGAAUUAUUAAAAGAAACAAAACCGAAAAUAAAAUCGAAGUUUUUAAUCAGAAAAAAAA